AUGUCCACUGGCGGCAGGUUCAACUUUGACGAUGGGGGGUCAUACUGCGGAGGGUGGGAGGAGGGCAAGGCGCACGGCCACGGGAUCUGCACGGGACCCAAGGGCCAGGGCGAGUACUGCGGUUCCUGGGCCCACGGCUUCGAGCUGCUGGGCGUCUACACCUGGCCCAGCGGGAACACCUACCAGGGCACCUGGGCUCAGGGCAAGAGACACGGCGUGGGCGUCGAGAACAAGGGCCGCUGGGUGUACAAGGGCGAGUGGACGCACGGCUUUAAGGGACGCUACGGCGUGCGGGAGAGCACGGGGACGAGCGGGAAGUACGAGGGAACUUGGAACAACGGGCUGCAGGACGGAUACGGAACAGAGACGUACUCAGAUGGAGGGACAUUUCAAGGCCAGUGGGUUGGCGGGAUGCGGCACGGCUACGGAGUCCGCCAGAGUGUCCCCUACGGCAUGGCGGCCGUCAUCCGCUCACCGCUCCGUACCUCCAUAAACUCUCUCCGCUCCGGCUCGGAGCACAGCAACGGCACAGCUCUGCUGGACCGGACCGGGGCGGUGGUCCCCGGUCCUCCUCCCGUUCCCGGCACGCUGACCACCAGCGUCUCCAUGUGCAGCACGGGCAGCAGCGGCAGCAGCCCCGCUGUGUCUCGCGGGGGUUUCGUGCUCACGGCUCACAGCGAGGCCGAGCUGCUGAAGGGGAAGAGGAAAGGCGGGCUGUUCCGCAGGUCCAUCCUGUCAGGGCUCAAGCUGAGGAAGUCCGAGUCCAGGAGCUCCCUGGCCUCCCAGAGGUCCAAACAGAGCUCGUUCAGGAGUGAGGCCGGGAUGAGCACCGUGUCCUCUGCUGCAUCCGACAUCAACUCUACUAUCAGUCUCGGAGACGCUGAUGCAGAGUUGGCUGUCGCAGACGACGACGUGGACGCCACGGCGACAGAGACGUACUGCGGGGAGUGGAAGAACGACAAGCGGACAGGAUUUGGUGUGAGUCGGCGCUCAGAUGGGCUCCAGUACGAGGGGGAGUGGCUUAGCAACAAGCGCCACGGCUACGGCUGCACGGCGUUUCCCGACGGCACGAAAGAGGAAGGGAAGUACAAACAGAACAUCCUGGUGAGCGGCAAAAGGAAGAACCUGAUCCCACUCCGGGCCAGUAAAAUCAGAGAGAAGGUUGACCGAGCCGUUGAGGGAGCACAGAAAGCAGCCGACAUCGCCCGGCAGAAGGCGGAGAUCGCUCUGUCCAGGACGGCUCAUGCACAGGGUAAAGCAGAGGCAGCGAUGGGAGCGGCUCAGAAGGCCCAGGAGGAGAGUCGCAUGGCGAGGGUCACCGCCAAGCAGUUCUCCCCGUCCUUCCAGCACCCAGGAAAUGGCAUGGAGGUGCAGCGCCCCAAACGCCAGGUGUCCAGCGAGGUGGAAGGCGAGGGGCUGUCGAGUAGCGCCGGCACCGCCGACAGCCCCGACCUCUACGUGAAAAGCGCGGGCUCCGACGACCCCUCCAACGACGCCGCCACCCCUGACCUCAGCCCCCCAUCCUCCUCGCCGACCCACACCCCGCCUCCCCCUGCCCGGCCAUCCCAGCGCAGCAAGAGUGCCCGCUUCCACCGGCAGAUCGCCGUGGACCACACGGACAAGGGGAAAGAUGGAGGGGAAAAGGGUGAGAAAGGCGGGGGAGGAGGGCAGACGGAGAUCCAGGUGUUGAUGGAGGGGGGCGGGGGAGGGGAAGGCGGAGGAGGAGGCGGGAAGGGGGAGCACCCACGGGCCAACAGCUGGAGCGAGGACAAGAGGAGAGGGGUGUUGUCAAAAGGAGGAGGUGGGCUCAGCGGACGAGGAGCAAGCCGGACCAACGGACACAAACACAGCUCCUCCAAUCACAAGUCCCGGGAGCAUGGAUCAUCCAAUCACAGACAGGCCAGAGGGGAAAGGUGGGCGGAGUCGUCCUCAUCGGCCUCUUGGACGUCGGGGCACAGGGGUGUGCACGGCCGGGGGGGCCGGCUGCUGGAGCAGGAUGAGGAGAAAAUGAGCAAUUAUGAGAUGGAGAUGAAGCCUUUGCAGCCCAGAGACUCCACCACCCACAAGCCCCAUGGGCACGGGGAGGAGAAGCCGGGGCACAGUCAAGCUCACGGAGAGGGGCGCUCGCACACAGUGCAGCGGCAGAGGCACAAGAACCGGGAGGGGAAGGAGGGAAAAGAGGGGAGGGAAGGGGGUAAGGACUCAGGGCACAAGCUGGACAGAGCGGGGGAAAAGAUGGACUCACGGCCUCUGCGUCGGGACCUCACCUCUCCCCCUCUGAAGUCCUCCCCCAUCACACCGGAGCAGCAUGACCUCAGCCUCAUGCAGAGCAAAGGCAACUCGGCCUACAGCUCUAUCCUGGUUGUCAUGGUGAUUCUGCUCAACAUUGGAGUGGCUGUUUUGUUUAUCCACUUUUUUAUUUAAAGACAG